CCUCUUUGUCGCCUCUUUUGUCAACGCCUUCUGCAGCGCCAAGAAGAUUACACUCCAGAGUUACUGUGGAAGUUCGAACCAAGAUAAGCAAGAUGGAGUCCCAAGCACAACCGUCCCAGGUCGAGGGUGCGAUCCCGAGUUCGUCAGUUCCCACGACGGAGUCAAAGCUACAAGUCGGCUUCGUCGGGCUGGGCAACAUGGGCCGGGGUAUGGCCUUGAAUCUCGCCAAGGGCCUGCAGACCAUGUCACCCUCUCUGAACCACCUGAUGGUAUAUAAUCGAACUACCGCCAAAGCCCAAAAGGUCAAGGAGGAGGCAGGCGGCGCGGUGCAGAUUGCGCAGAGCGUUGAGGAAAUCGGCAAGCGCUGCCAGAUCGUCUUUGUCUCCAUCAGUAACGAUGAAGCUGCCCUUGAUGUCUUCACUCGCCUGUGCAAUGGGGAAGAAGAAUCUCGAGGAAAAACAAGAGAGGAAAGGAAGGAUCCGAGUAACACCAUUUUUGUCGACACCAGCACCAUCUACCCUGCGACCACUGGCCAGAUUGAGCGCUUUGUCAGUGCUCAGCCCAGGAGGCACUUUAUUGCCGCCCCCUGUUUUGGUCCCCCUCCCAUGGCUUGCGCUGCGUCGCUCAUCUUUGCCGUCGCUGGCCCGUACGCGAGCAAGCAAGCCAUUGCCUCCCUCCUCGUUCCCCAUAUGGGCCGAAAGAUCAUGGACUUCGGCUCUAAUCCUGAACGUGCAGCAACGUUCAAGCUAAUUGGCAACAGCAUGCUUCUCGGAGUGAUUGAGCUGCUCAGCGAGACCAUGACGCUCGCGGACAAAACUGGCGUAGGAUCCGAUCGCUUCUAUGAGUUCAUCCAGGAGUUCUUCCCAGCGCCAUCUGCCAUCAGCUAUGGCAAAAAGAUCCUGACGAAUGCGUUCUCCGGCGAGGAGGGAUUCUCUCUCGAUGGAGGUAUUAAGGAUUGUACGCACAUCCGCCGCUUGGCGACCUCGGUUGACUGCCCAAUGGGCGUGAUGGACCAAGCACAUGCGCAUAUGAUCGCUGCGCGCGCGAACGGCGGCGGAGACAAGGACUGGAGCAGUCUCGUCGGUGGACAGCGGUUGAGCGCAGGCUUGGAUCCAUGGGAAGGCAAGCGGCCGGGCUUACUGAAGCAUUAAAGGGCGUACGAGAGUUCACAAUAAGUAGUUACAGUGUCGUACCAAUACAACUGGCAGAUCGUUAU